AUGAUGUUGAAUAUGAAGAAAAGCAACGAACAAAAACCUAAUUUUGUACAUCGUCUAUUAACUUCAACAUUAAAAUUCAUUAAAGACAACGAAAAUGAUCAAUCUAAAUCAUCGGAUGAUACAUUUAAAUAUGAAUUACCAGAGAGUUUUUUCAAAGCAGUAGAUAAUGCUCGUACAAAAGCUGGAUACGAUAUUCUUCCUCGUCAUCGUCAUCGAUCUGUUCCAUCACCAUCAUCUCGUCAGAACACUUUCUCAUCAUCAUCAUCAUCGUCAUCAUCACAUUCUCCUCAUCGCUUACACAAAGAUCAUAAAGUAAUACCGAAAAUCUAUCAAUCACCAUCGGCAAAUGAUAUCGAUAAAGUUUCUAAGAAAAAAGUUCAAUUUCGUCGAACACCUCGUGAACAUGUACGCCAACAUCAACCAAUAACAACUCCAAGAUUAUUUUUAUCGAGGCCACAAUUUCAGAUGAUGAUGAAUCCGAAUUUUAUGAUGGUUAACAAAUCUCGUAGACCACAAAACUUUAUACCAAUGCGAUCAACAAUAUUUAUGCAGCAACAACCAAUGUUUCGAUUGAGAUUUCGAUAA